AUGAACGGUACCUUUGGAGUUCCAUUGCUGUUAAACUUCAUCAACUCCUCGCUGGUCGUUUGCAAUGUGGGUUUUCAGAUGACCAUAGGCAUUAGUUCGGAGUAUAUCGGAAGGCAGGCGUUUAACCUAGCCACGGCUCUUGUGGAGAUCUACCUCAUCUGCCACUUGAGCCAGAUGCUGAUAAAUGCUAGUAACAAUGUUAGCUUUGCUGUCUACGAAAUGAAUUGGUUGCAGUCCGACGCUCGAUUCCGGAAAAUGUUACUUUUUAUGCCUAUGCGGGCCGAAAAGCCCGCCUGCCUGAAGGCCACUGUAUUCCUAGACGUAUCAAUGGCGACCAUGACCACCAGUCAACCUGGCUGGGGGCCCGGAUCAAAAACUAGCCCAGUCUUGAACGGUGAGCUCAGGGAUAUGGCGACCCCCUGUUCUAACUAUCGCCUUACCCGGGCAUCGCGGAUCUCUGCCCGGGUGGACCUUUCCCCUUCUCCGCAACUCGUGGGAUUUAUUAUGGACAAAUCAACAAAUAACAAAGAAAAACAAGAGACGGGAACUCUCAAAAAACCCACAGAAACGCCGAGCACUGGCUCCAACACUCACACCAGCACGGUCCAGAAAGGGCCGCAUCCCAAAUUGGGGAUGACGGGUGGCAGAAAGCCGGCUGCCGAUACGUCCGCCACAGACAUAGAGAAAACGACUGAUGCUGCAAGGCUCAGGAAAAUACUCUCCAAGACAGCCGCGCCCUUAGGCUAUCUCCAGAAAGCAGAUGGAUCCUGGUCAGACUCAAGCGACGAGUCCUUAGACCUACUUCUAGAUGCUCACUUCCCAGGUAGCCAAAAUAUAGGCCAACCCCCAGAAAGAAUUGGCGGGGAAGAGAUCAAUCUAGAUCUCCUCAUAUCAGACCGCAACAUUAAAUGGGCCAUUCAGAGCUUCAAACCAUACAAAUCACCGGGACCAGACGGAAUAACACCGGCACAUAUCCAACAAGCUGGCCAGCUAGCUAUAAAUUGGCUUAGUAAAAUCUUCCACACCAUUCUGGCAGUAGGAGAACUACCAACAGCAUGGCGAGAAACGAAAGUGGUCUUCAUUCCCAAGGCAGGGAAAGCCACCCACACCACAGCAAAAGAUUUCAGGCCAAUAAGCCUGACAUCAUUCCUGUUAAAGAGUUUUGAAAGACUGAUUAGCCUACACUUGAGAGCCACCAUCGACCCGACACAAAUGUCAGAGGCGCAACAUGCCUACACCAAAGGUAAGUCAACCGAAUCGGCGUUACACGUCGUGGUAAGCAGCAUUGAGAAAUCACUCAAUAAUAAGGAAUACACACUGAUCGCCUUCCUAGAUAUAGAGGGAGCUUUCAACAACGUGCUUCCCACAGCAAUAACAGACUCCCUCACAGAACUAGGGGUGGAGGCCCAACUGGUGAGGCUGAUCCAUAAACUGCUGAUAAGCAGAAUGGUUACGGCCGCUCUAGGGACCUCAACCCAGACUAGACUAGUGAACAGAGGCACCCCGCAAGGAGGUGUACUAUCGCCCCUCCUGUGGAAUAUCACAGUAAAUAAACUACUGCGAAUUCUAGAAGGAGGGGGCUGCAAAGUAGUAGCAUACGCGGAUGAUGUCGCUAUCAUCUUUAAUGGUAAGUAUCCACAAACACUCUGCGAUCUCAUGACCGCAAAGCUAAAAAUAUUAUCAGACUGGACGAUAAAAAACGGACUCGGGGUAAAUCCCUCAAAAACGGAACUUGUCCUAUUUACGAAUAAGUACAAGAUCCCUCCACUCAACCCACCCAUACUAAACAACUGCAAUCUCUCUUUUAGCGAACACGCAAGAUACCUGGGGUUGGUAUUAGAAAAGCGGCUCAAUUGGGGCCUAAACAACCAAGAGAGAAUCAAAAAAGCAACCAUUGCACUUUACUCCUGUAAAAAGGCAAUUGGGCUAAGGUGGGGCAUGUCCCCUAAAAUUGUAAACUGGAUCUACUCAGCGGUGGUAAAGCCAAUCCUUCUAUACGGGGUGGCUCUAUGGUGGACCGCUCUACAAAAACAAUGCAUCUUAACUCCCCUAAACAAAGUACAGCGAAUGGCGGCUUUGUGUAUCAGUGGAGCCCUUCGAACUACCCCAAACGAAGCGCUGAAUGCGAUCUUGAACCUCCAGAGCCUGGACUUAGCAGGCAUGGAAAGGGCCAAAUCGGCAGCUAUUCGACUGAGGGAUACAGGGCAAUGGAAAGCCCAGCUCUACGGUCACGCUAAAAUUCUUCAGCAUGACAAAUCGAUACCGUCAAGAACGGAUCUAUGUAAAACCCGUGAAUAUAGUCACACACCCUUCGAGGCUCUGAUCCCAGGUAGGGAAGAAUGGGAUCGGGGCCGACCGGGCACAAUAGACGCUAUCUGCUUAUAUACAGACGGCUCCAAACUAGACGGACACGUCGGCGGAGGCAUAUACUCCGAAGAACUAGAGAUCAGGCAGUCUUUCAGACUCCCUGACCACUGCAGCGUCUUCCAAGCGGAAGUGCAUGCUAUAAAAGAAGCACUCGUCUGUAUAAGGGACAUAAACACCCAAGACAGACACAUAAACAUAUAUAGUGAUAGUCAGGCGGCUAUUAAAUCAAUCUAUUCGACAAGCACCAACUCCCGAACAAUAGCAGACUGCCGCAUAUCUCUCCACGAGAUAGCUAGUCAGUCUACUAUAAGCCUAAUAUGGGUCCCGGGUCACCGGGACAUCGUAGGCAACUGCAUAGCGGACGAGUUAGCCAGGCAAGGCACCAUCAUGCCUCUCCUUCCAGAAAAGGAGAGUGUCGGUAUGCCCAUGGCAACUUGCAAGCUAAAUAUCAAAAACUACUUCAUCAAACUAGCCAACACUAGGUGGCAAAAUGCACCGCAGUGUCGUAUCACCCACCAGACCUGGCCUGGGAUAAACAGUAAAAAAACAUCGGAAUUACUCAAAUUUAGUCGCACAGAGUGCGGUAUGCUAGUUCGAGUCCUUACAGGCCACUGGCUAGUCGGCACACACGCCGGCAGGCUAAAAGCCCCGUACAAUGAUUUCUGCAGAAGCUGCAGAGACGAGGAAGAGGAAGAAACGGUGGAGCAUCUCCUAUGUUUCUGCCCAGCCCUAUGCAGACUAAGGCUGAAACACUUAGGAAAACCCUUCAUUAGCGAUCUAACCGAAAUAUCGGAGAUCAACCUUAAAAGUAUAAACUCUUUCGUUAAAUCUUCCGGGUGGAAGACAUGCUAAGUAUCCAAAUUUUCUAGGACGAGAGGAAAAAUAAAAAUAGACAGGGGACCCCAAAUAAGGGAAAGAGAUCACACGGUACCACAAUGGACCCACAGAGGUCUAAGUGUGU